AUGGCAUAGCAAAUCCAUUCUAUAGGUUUUAGGUAUAUUCCUCUUUAGACAAAAGGCAUUUCAAUAAGAAAUAAAACUAAGCACAGCUCUGCACUUUUUUGUAUUUAUAUAUUUGAAUUCAUAUAGAAGAAAAAAAAUCAUAUUAAGGAGCUAAUUCUUACUUAAGAAAUUAUCAACAAUGUGUAUUGACAAUUAUUUGA